AUGUCUCCCAUCCGCAUAGCGAUAGUGACUGGUGCUGCUCAGGGCUUGGGGUUGAGCAUUGCUCUGCGACUCACAGACGAUGCAUUCGACGUUGCUGUGAAUGAUAUUCCACAGAAGAGCGACCAGCUUGCAGACGUCGUGUCUCAGAUCGAAGCCAAAGGAAGAAGAGCAGUGGCACUGCCCGCGGACAUCUCUGAUGAGCAGAGUGUGCAAGACAUGGUGCGAAGUGUCGUCGAGAAACUGGGUGGACUAGACGUUAUGGUCGCAAAUGCAGGCAUUGCCCUGCAUAAGCCUUUCAUCGAAACUUUAACUGAGGAAUGGGACCGUAUCGUUGCAAUCAAUCUACGGGGCGUCAUGCUCUGCUACAGAUAUGCAGCAUUACAGAUGAUAAAGCAAGGCAGGGGCGGAAGGAUCAUCGGAACGACGAACCUUUCCGCUUACAGCGCAACCAAGUUUGCUGUGAGAGGCCUCACGCAGAGUGCAGCCCUGGAGCUUGCCCCACAUGACAUCACCAUGUUCGGUCUGCCGGCGGACUCACCGGAAGCUGGACCAGAGGUCAUCGCUAGCAUUGUGUCCUAUCUAGCGAAGCCCGAGUCGUAUUUCAUCACAGGCCAGACGAUCCUAGUGAAUGGCGGCGUCAUCUUUGACUGA